AUGUUUGAAAAUUCUUCAGAAGGUUUAAAUACAUUUAUAAUUGAUACAAUUGUUAUAUUAUUAUCAUGGCAUAAACAAACUAUACCAAGUGAACUUGAUUCAAUAGCUAUACAACGUCUUAUUGAAUAUUUAUUUUCAAAUUGUUCACAUCAUAAUGUUAUUGUUACGAAAUCAAAUUUAGAUUUAAUUAAAAAAUUAAUUGAAUGUUGGAAAGAACGUAUACAUGCACUAACAUUAAUUCUCUAUAAAUUAAUAUCUGAACCAGAUUUAAAAUCAAAACAAAAUGCAAUUGGUCUUUCAUUAAUUGGAAUAUUAUUAGCUAAUGAUAUUUUAUCAUAUUAUGUAUCACCAACACCAACAGGAAAUCUUCCAUCUGUAACAACAAAUUCAAUAUUAACAACUAUACCAAAUGAUUUAACUAAAGAAGAAUUAAAUUUAAUAUUAAAAUGGCAUAAUAGUCAACGUUUAUCAGACACAUAUGUAAUAUGUAUUUAUUCAGUACAAAAAAAUUAUCCAUUAAUUGUUGAUAAAACAGAUUUUCGUAUUCGUGGUAUUGCUUUACAUUUAUUACAUAAACUUUUAGCUAAAUUAACACAUGAACAAUUAUAUGAAAUCGCAAAAAUAUUAUAUGUUGAUGGUCCAAAUGAAUGUCAAAUUUGGACACUUGAAAUUUAUAAAUGGAUCUAUGAUUAUAUAACAAAUUAUUUAACAAAAGAAAUAAAAACAUCUAUAAGACCAUUAUCAGAAAUUCGAAAUUUUUGGUGUGAUUCAAAACAUUUAAGUACAUCAUCACAUCAUCAUCUUAUGGCAUUAUUUGAUCAAUUAUAUUCAAUUAAAACUGAAAAUGGAUAUUUAAAUUAUUCUACAAAUUUUCUUCUUGAAUGUACAACACAUAAUCCUUACUAUAAUCAUUUUAUAUUUGAAAAUUCACUUGAUAAAUAUUCAUUUCAACAAUUUCCAUUACCAUGUAAUUGGCGUCAACGUCAUCAUACAUAUAUAACACCUUUAUUUACAUUAUAA